CGACUUGUCGAGUGGCGAGUGUGGGGAGGUGCUUUGGUGUCACCGCGCGCCAUGUCCUCGGCCAAGGGCUCUGCCGUGGCUAGCAAGAGCAAGACGUUGACGUUUGAGGGGACAUCCUCGUUCCGUCAACGCAUCGUCUUUUCGGUGCUCUCCGGACGGCCUGUUCGUUUCGUCAAAAUUCGCCCUGACGCCGAUAGCCCUGGUUUGACCGAUUAUGAAGUGACCUUUUUGAGGCUGAUUGAUACCAUCACCAAUGGCACCCACAUUUCCAUUAACGAGACUGGUACGGCGGCUUACCUUCGGCCCGGCACAAUCACCAAUGGCCGUAAGCUGCAGUUUGACUGUGGAUCCAGCCGUGCCAUCGGCUACUACCUCGAGUUUCUGCUCUGCCUGGCGCCCUUUGGCAAGGCUCCCCUCCACAUUUUCUUGUCUGGCAUUACCAACGACAAUCAAGAUCCAAGCGUGGACAUCAUCCGUACCGUCGGUCUACCAGUGCUCAAACGCUUUGGCGUGGAGGAUGGUCUUGAGCUCAAGGUCAUCCGACGCGGUCUGCGCCCCAAUGGAGGCGGUGAAAUCAUGUUUCAAUGUCCGCAUGUGCGACAAAUUAAACCAGUGCGCUGUGUUGAGCUGGGCAAGAUCAAGCGCAUUCGUGGUCUUGUCUACACUACUCGCGUGGCUCCCUCAACUGGCCAUCGUGUCGUCGAUGCUUGCCGUGGCGUUUUGAACAAGUUCAUCCCCGAUGUUUACCUGUACACUGAUCAUUAUUCCGGUGCCGAGGCUGGCAAGUCCCCUGGCUAUGGCAUUUCUCUUGUUGCGGAAACGUCGGACAAGUGCAACCUGUCAAUGGAGUUGGCCGCGGACAAGGGCCAACUCCCCGAAGAUCUCGGCACCCAGGCAGCUCAUCUGCUAUUUGAGGAGAUUGCCCGCGGCGGGUGCUUUGACACCUUUUCUCAGACCAUUGUCUUUACGCUGAUGGCGCUGGGUCCAGAAGACGUGUCCAAGGUCAGAGUGGGCAAACUCUCGCCUUUCUCCAUUCAACUGCUGCGGGAUCUUCGAUCCUUUUUCCAGCUGACUUUCAAGCUCAAGCCCGAGGCGGCAACAAAGACGCUCCUCGUCAGCGGCAUGGGUGUUGGUUACACCAACAUCCACAAAAAGCUGCAGUAA